AUGGCGAUAGGCUACAGUUUUGUCGAUUUGGCUGUUGAUGUCGAAACUGGUCAAAAAUUUGCCCUGAAGAGGAUCAAAUGCCAUGAUAAAUGCGCAGAACGUGCUGCGUCGAAAGAAAUCGAUUUCUACAAGAUGUUUAAUCAUCCCAAUUUAAUUAGCAUUAUUGAUUCAUCGGUUAUAAGACCAAUGUCUGUGGGAAAGCCUGUUGAAAUAUUAAUGCUUCUACCAUUAUUGACGGGAGGUAACCUUUAUGAUAUAAUUAACAAGGCCUCGACCACCAAAAGUUACUUCAGCGAAGAUUAUAUAUUUCGUAUAUUCUAUGAUGUCUGCCUUGCUGUUCAACAUUUACACAAAUCAAGAGCUAUACCUUAUGCACACAGAGACAUUAAACCUGGUAAUAUAUUAAUUGAUGAAAAUGACAAUCCUAUGCUAAUGGACUUUGGCUCUAUGGAGGCAGCUCGAAUUGAAAUUAAGACUCAUAUGGACGCCAUGAAGAUGGAGGACACAGCCGCUCAAAAGUGCACCAUAGCUUACAGAGCACCCGAGCUAUUCAAUAUAUCCAGCGAUGUAUGUGGAAUAGAUGAGAAAAUAGAUGUGUGGUCUCUAGGUUGUUUACUAUACUCUAUGGCCUUUUUGCAAUCACCGUUUGAAUUUCAAGUUAACGAAAGAGGUGGUAGCCUAUCGCUUGCCAUAGUGUCCGGAAAAUAUGAAAUUCCUCCCAAUCCGAGCUACUCUGAUCAUCUGUUAAAUUUGAUCAAAUUCUUAUUGGUUGUCAAUCCUAAUGAUCGACCUGAAAUAAACGAGGUUGUGGAAAAAUUAUCAGAGAUAUCUGCUUUGGCUGCGAAUGCAGUGUAA